GAAGGCGGCCUGCUGGAACAGAGUGACGCUGUUCCCAUCAAGGAAAUCCGGACUUUGGGAAGAGAGGCUGGUGCGAUCCGAGCCCUCUAUAAGAAAGCGGCAAUCAUUAGCAGGCGGCAAGAGAUUAAAACAAACCCGACCCUCCUCCCUAGGGCAACCAGCCAAAAAACAAAACAACUCAGCCAGCGGCUCGGAAGAGACCAUCGUCCAGUUUAAUAUAUUCAUACAUAUUAAUUGAAAAUAUAUUAGUAAAUGCCAAAGCGUAUCGAUUGGUAGAGAGCGAAUUGAUUGCACGAAUCGAGGCGAUCAACAGAUGAUGGGAGACGCGAGUUGUGGGCUGGUCGAUGCUCAGGUCAUCACUGGAUUACUCGUUGAUGUUGAUCGCUAUUCAGAGGUGAUUUGUACUCCAAAGACUGGAAGCAGGGGCCCGCAAACGCUGAUCGGUGAUUCCAGCAGCAGGAAAAGACCGCACUCUGGGGCUACCAGCUAUGAACUAAUUGUAAACCCAGCCACAUCUGUAAUCAAUCAUCCGAAGGAUCGAUGCCAAAGGAGAGCCCUGCAGGGACCGACAAGGAGCCUUCUUCACUCGAGAGGAAUCAAUGAGCAAGCAUUGAUCCAGCGUUCGAAUCCCUCCCAUAAUCAGUCGAUCGGAAUUGCCAAAGAAAUCGGGACUACGGACGGUACAAUCAAUAACCAAAGGGAAAUGAAGCAAGGGCCUUGCUUGAAAGGUAUUAUCGAUAACCAGAUUGAAAAUCGAAGUGAUGAAAUUAAUGCAUUGAUCAUGGGACCGAAAACGGGAGUAUUCCGAAGAACAGUUGGAUUUGCUAGUGCGAGAAGAAACUUUAAUUUGUUUGGAUGUUUUGGUCGAUUGUGGACGUUAGUACUGUUUCACAUCCACGUGCUACAGACCCUGGCUCAAGACGAUGUUCCACCAUAUUUUAAGACUGAGCCAGGACCACCACAGAUUCACUUGGAGGGGAAUCGUUUGGUCUUAACAUGCCUGGCAGAGGGAAGUUGGCCACUUGAGUUUAAAUGGUUACGAAAUGAUACAGCAAUCACAGCAUUCUCUCCCGAGUACAGGUAUGUUAUUCCAUCCCUCCAGCGCUCAGACACUGGGUUUUAUCAGUGUGUUGUGCGGAACAGACGUGGAGCACUUUUACAGAAGAAAACACAAGUACAAGUUGCAUACAUGGGAAAUUUUGAAGGAGGCAACAAACGGAUUACAGUGUCACAGGGUCAGGCUGCUGUGCUAAAAUCUCCAGACAUCAGCAGCUACCCCCAACCACAAAUGACAUGGUUUCGUGAUGGCCAAAAGAUUAUCUCAAGCAACAGAGUAGCUAUAACUCUCAACAAUCAGCUGGUGGUGCUUUCAACAACUGCAGCAGAUGCAGGAAAAUACUACGUACAAGCAGUCAACGAAAAGAAUGGGGAAAACAAGACCAGUCCAUUUAUCUACCUGAGCAUUGCAAAUACUGAGGAUCCAGCAGACCCUGUGGCACCCACAAUUGUUGUUCCUCCAAAAAACACGAGUAUAGUAGCUGGCACAAGUGAAGUUACUCUGGAAUGUGUUGCCAAUGCAAGGCCUGUGGAGAGUCUGAGUAUUACCUGGAGGCGAAGCGGUGUGAAACUAAUGAAUGGGAUCAGUAUAUUUGGAAGGCGAUUGACAAUCUUAAAUCCAACUUCAGCUGUUAUUGGCAUGUAUGAGUGUGAAGCAACAUUACAGAGCAGCAACGUUGUUUCUGUAAACGCUCAUGCCUACCUGUCCAUUAUAGAACCACCAUAUUUUACCGCAGAACCUGAAUGGAGAAUUCAGGGUGAAGUAGAAAAAACUGUUGAUAUUCCAUGUCGAGCAAUGGGUAUACCUUUACCUAGUCUGGAAUGGUAUAAAGAUUCAAUCCCAAUAAUAAUGUUGAACAACAGCAGAUAUAAAGAAAUGGUAAGUGGGAUCCUGCAGAUCCAGAGGCUGGUCCCUGAAGACUCAGGAAUAUUCCAGUGUUUUGCUAAGAAUGAAGCAGGGGAUAUUCAAACACCUUCAUAUCUCACUGUUACGAACAUUGCACCAUCUUUCAUUCGAGCUCCAUCAGACACUGCAGUGACAGAUGGAACAGCAGCAGUUUUACACUGUGAGGUUUCAGGAGCACCAAAACCGCGCAUUACAUGGAAAACAGGCACUAAGAUAUUGGCAAGUGGUUCAAUACAAAUUCCACGGUUUGUACUUUUGGAGUCAGGCGGAUUGCUGAUAAAACCAGCCCAUACUGAAGAUGCAGCAAUAUAUACCUGCUUUGCAGCGAAUUCCAAAGGAACAGUAAAUGCAUCAGCUGAGCUUACUGUGUGGACUCGGACUGUUAUCUCUAUCCCACCCAAAGACCGCAGUGUAAUCAAAGGAACAACAGCAGUACUAAUUUGUGGAGCAUCUCAUGAUCCCAGGGUCACAAUCCGGUUUGUCUGGAAGAAGGAUGGAAAUAUUAUUGAUGCAAAUGCUCUACCCAGAAUUACCAUAGGGCAAAAUGGCUCACUUCAUAUCAGUCAAACUUGGUCAGGUGAUAUUGGUGACUACACCUGUGAGGUUCUGUCCUUGGGAGGAAAUGACUUCAGAACUGCCCGCCUGGAAGUCAUUGAACUUCCUCACCCACCCAGAAAUCUGCAAGCGAGUUUAAACUUAUCAAGCAGCCGGGCAGUGGAUUUAUCUUGGACGCGGCCCUUUGAUGGAAACAGCCCCAUAUUACACUACAUUGUGGAGUUAUCUGAAAACAACUCACCAUGGACAGUACAGUUACCCAAUAUUAAUCCAGGAGUGAUGCACAUUACUGUGCAUGGGUUAACACCAGCCCGGUCAUACCAGUUCCGCAUGUGCGCAGUGAACCAGCUAGGAAAAGGACAGUACAGCACAGAAACCAACAGGAUGCUGUUACCUGAAGAAUCACCUGGUGCCCCUCCUCAGAAUAUUAUGGCCAGUGGUCGAACAAACCAAUCCAUAAUGGUACAGUGGCAGCCUCCCCCAGAGCAGGAGAUCAAUGGGGUUCUUAAAGGAUAUAUUCUCAGGUAUCGACUUGCAGGCCUUCCAGGUGGAUACCAUUAUAAGAAUAUCACUAGCCCUGAAGUGACCUAUUGCCUAGUGAAGGACUUGAUCAUAUGGACCCAGUAUGAAAUUCAAGUUGCAGCAUACAAUAGUGCUGGGCUUGGUGCAUUCAGCAGAGCAGCAGCUGAGUACACACUGCAGGGAGUGCCAACAGCACCCCCACAGAAUGUCGAAGUUGAAGCUAUAAACUCCACUGCUAUCAAAUUUAUGUGGGAUCCUCCUCCUCAGCAGUUCAUAAAUGGUAUCAACCAAGGUUACAAGCUCCUUGCCUGGACUAUUGACUCACCAAAUACAAUUGCAGUGAUGACCAUCACCCCUGAUUUCCAUGGAACACGCCAUGAAGGAAUUUUUACAGGCCUCAGAAAGUUCACAAAAUACUACACAUCUGUAUUGUGUUUUACAACACCAGGUGAUGGCCCAAAGAGUUCACCCCAACUCAUGCAGACCUGUGAAGAUAGACCGGGAGCUGUUGGGCACUUGGGUUUUGCAGAAAUACUUGAUACCUCUUUGAAAGUCAGCUGGCAAGAACCACAAGAAAAAAAUGGGAUCCUCACAGGUUACCAGAUUUCCUGGGAAAUAUAUAACAAAAAUGAAAGUCGUAUGAGCCGCAAAUUGUCAAAUACAACACAAGAGUACAAAAUAACAGGACUGAGUUCCCUUACCACCUACACUAUUGAAGUGGCAGCCAUGACAUCAGUGGGCAUUGGAGUACUAACUUUAUCUACCAUCUCUUCUGGAGUCCCACCAGAACUCCCAGGUGCUCCAUCUAAUCUUGUGAUCUCAAAUAUCAGUCCUCAAUCAGCCAUGCUGCAGUUCCGGCCAGGGUAUGAUGGGAAAACAUCCAUCUCAAAAUGGAUUGUGGAAGGGCAGAUUGGAAUGAUUGGAGAUGAUGAAGAGUGGGUUGUACUGUACGAAGUAGAGAAUGAACCAGAUGCCCAGAUGUUAGAAAUCCCAAAUUUGAUGCCAUAUACAUACUACAGGUUUCGAAUAAAACAGCUGAACAUAGUUGGCUCUAGCCCCGUAAGUUUGCCUUCCCGUGUAAUUCAAACUCUGCAGGCUCCACCAGAUGUAGCACCUGGUAGUGUCACAGUGCGAACCGCAAGUGAGACCAGCUUAUGGGUUCGCUGGGUGCCUAUUCCAGAGUCUGAAUAUAAUGCUAACCCUGAAUCGGUUGGAUAUAAAAUCAAGUAUUGGCGACUGGAUGGUCAGGGUAUGCCUGUACGCCAGAUAAUUAAUGAUCGCUUGGAGCGGGAGAUCACAAUUGAAAACCUAGAGGAAUGGAUUGACUACGUAGUCCAGAUCCAGGCUUUUAAUGCCAUUGGUUCAGGACCUUGGAGCAACCAAGUCCGAGGGCGUACAAGAGAAUCAGUUCCAUCAGCUGCACCGGGAAAUAUUACAACAGAGGCUGUGAGCUCCACACAGAUAUUGGUCAUGUGGGGACCAGUCCCAGACUCUGAGCAAAAUGGACUGAUCCUGGGAUACAAGAUCCUGUACCAGGAGAAAGAUUCUGAAUUAAGUAUUUGCACUCAUCUUGUGAAAGGAAAUUUUACACAAUCUAUUGUCCUAAAUGAUCUGAGGAAGUAUAGUCCAUAUGAGAUUCAAGUUUUGGCAUUUACCAGAAUUGGGGAUGGAGUGACAAGUUCACCACCUGUAAUAGAAAGAACAAAAGAUGAUGUUCCAGGUCCACCUGUAAGAUUGUUAUUCCCAGAGGUCCAGUUGACAUCAUUGAGAGUUGUCUGGCAGACACCCGAAAACCCCAAUGGCAUCAUCCUAGGUUACCGGAUAUCUUACCGUUUGGCAACUGCUGAACCAAAUAGGUUCAUCACCACAGAGGUCAGUUCCAAUGUUCGACAGUAUUCUGCAACAAAGCUGAUACCUGAAUCUCCAUAUAUCUUCCGUAUUUCAGCAAAGACACGUCAGGGGUGGGGCGAGUCAGUGGAGGCAGUUGUGAUCACCACUGAAACUAGAGACCGCCCACAGCCAGCCAUCAAUCUGACAGUACCUCAGUCUGAGAUUCGGGGUCGAAGUUUGCUGUUGCAAUGGAAACCAGGGAGUGACGGGUCAUCACCAAUCCGCUACUUCACGGUGCAAACAAAGGAACUACCUAACAUGACUUGGCAGACACACACCUCUUCAAUUAGUCAUGAUGCUACGUCAUAUGUUAUAGACCGCUUAAAGCCUUACACCUCCUACCAGUUACGAAUAAUGGCGACUAAUGAUAUUGGAGACAGUGUUUAUAGUGUACCAACAGAGCCAGUGACAACACUGCAGGAUGUUCCCAGUGAACCACCAGUUAUUCUCUCUGUGAUUCCACGCACCACUACCUCCGUUCUUGUUCAGUGGAAGUCACCAGAGGAAGAAGGUAUAAACGGCAUAUUGUUGGGAUUUCGGAUUUACUACAGGGAGCUUGUGUAUGAGGAUAUGCCACGAUUCAACAUCCAGUCCACUGAGGAUCCUUCUUCACUGCAGACAGAGUUAGCUCCUGAGAGUAGCUUCAAGACAGUGAACAGUUCCACAGUAACAGAGUUCGAGCUAACACAUUUAAAGAAGUACACAAGAUAUGAAAUUCUAAUGAAAGCAUUUAAUGUAGUGGGUGAGAGUCCUGCCAGCAGUCCAAAAGAGGUCUACAUUGGAGAAGCAGUCCCUACAAGAGGUCCUCAGAAUGUAAAGCUGCAUCCUCUCUCAGCAACUCGAUUGGAAGUGACAUGGGAUCCUCCUCCAGCAGAGUCCCAGAAUGGCAAAAUACAGGGAUAUAAGAUCCACUAUUGGCAGCUUCAGAAGCAGAACGAAACACAAAAAGUGAAGAUCCUCUUCCUCCCAGAGAACAUUAUCCGCUUAAAAAACUUAACCAGCUAUACAGUUUAUGUGGUUAGUGUGUCAGCAUUCAAUGCUGCUGGAGAUGGACCCGGAAGUGAACCAGUUGAGGGAAGGACACAUCAGGCUGCUCCAAGUGCGCCCAGUUAUAUUACAUUUACAGAAGUUACCUCCACUACGUUGAAAGUGUUUUGGGGAGAACCAGCAAUGCCCAAUGGAGUUCUUGAAGGAUACAGAUUGGUUUACGAACCAUUGGAAUCAGUACAAGGUGUGAGUAAAGUGGUGACAGUCGACCUGAGAGGCAACAAUCAACGCUGGCUGAAGGUUCGGGAUUUGUUUAAGGGGGUCCCUUACACCUUUCAUGUCCGAGCCAGAACCUACACCUUCGGCCCUGAGAUAAGGGCUAAUGUUACACCAGGACCAGAAGAAGGUUCCCCUGGUCCCCCGCUGAACCCCUCAAUUAGUGAAACAGCCUCUACACUCACUGUUCAUUGGACACAGGGUUUGCUUGGAGCGGGACCAAUACAAGGCUAUGUAAUUGAAGCACGACCUUCUGAUGAAGGUUUGUGGGAUACAUUUGUGAAGGACAUACCUGGUGAUGUGACAUCCUAUGUAGUUAGUCGGGAUCAGCUAAAGCAAGGAGUGAGUUAUGAAUUUCGGAUUAUCGCGGUCAAUCAAUUUGGAUAUGGGGAACCAAGCACAGCAUCCAUUGUAACAUCAGCUCAACUGGGAAAACCUCCAUUUUAUGAAGAGUGGUGGUUUCUGGUGGUGAUGGCUCUAUGCAGCCUUAUUCUCAUUCUGCUCAUGGUAUUUGGACUGAUCCUACAUGGACAGAGCAAGAAGUACAAGAACAAUACUGGUAAAAGUAGUACAAAUGUGGAAGAAACUCUCACCUUAGAUAAUGGAGGAUUUACUUCACUGGAACUGAACAGCAGACAUUUAACUGUCAAGAGCAAUUUCUGUAAGAAGAAUGGCAGCAAGUUUCCACCCAGGCCCAGUCCAGGAGGGUUACGCUAUUCUGAUGAGGAUUUAUGUAAUAACUACAAUGGAAUUGUGCUAACAGAGAGCACGACUCUGACAGAGAAACCCACAGAAAUAUCAGAGUCAGAGGCUACUGACAGUGAUUAUGAAGGUGAAUUGCCAAAAAGCACACACUCAUUUGUAAACCACUAUAUGAGCGAUCCAACCUACUUCAACUCAUGGAAGAGACAGCCCAAAGGCCUUCCAAGAGCUUCCGCCUACAGUUAUGAGGAAUGCACAGAUGGUGAACAGGAACCAUACUAUCCGACUGUGAUCACGACGCAGAGUACAGGGGGUGCCUACACUCCCACAGGGCAGCCUGCUUCAGGAGCACGGACUCCUGUGACUGGGUUUUCUUCCUUUGUGUGACCAUUCAUUAUGAACAAAGUAAGGCAAUUUCUGAAAUAUUGCUUACUCAAUGGACCAACGUGCUGGAUGAAGUGACACACAAUCACAGUGCAGAAGAAGGCUAUCUAAUGGAAAUUGUCAUCUUCAUAGCUGCCUAAAAAGUGCCUUUUACAUGUUAGUAACUUGAUGAUACUAAUACAGCAGUGGUGUUUAUAAAAUCUGUUUUCCAAUCAUUUGAAUGAGAAAUAGAAACAGAUUCUAUGAACAUUUUUCUCUUGUCCU